CAGUGCUGCCGUGGCCACGGCAGGCAGCACCCCUCAGUUCACGAGUUUAUCUGCGGACCGCUGUUCCCAUGGAUUUUGCUCCUCGCUGAUCUAGAUUUCAACCAUGUCACUCCUCUUCUUCCUUGUUCCCUUCCUUCUGCUGGCAAUUCUGUUGGCCUUCAAAGUCGUGUUGUCUGGGAAGACCCAGCUGAGACUCCCGCCCUCGCCGCCCGGUCUUCUCCUCCUCGGCAACCUCCACCAGCUGAGCUCGCUUCCCCACCGCUCGCUCCUCGACCUUUCCCACAAGCAUGGCCCCGUCAUGCUCAUCCGCAUGGGCCAAGUCCCGGCGCUCAUCGUGUCCUCCGCCGACGCCGCCCAGGAGCUAUUCAAGACCCACGACCUCGCUAUCUCCACCCGCCCUGCCUCGAAAGCGGCGAUGAAGAUCACCUACGGCGCCCGGAACAUCUCGUUCGCCCCCUACGGCGAGCGCUGGCGCCAGGCCAAGAAGCUGGCCGUGGUGCACCUCCUAAGCCUCAAGCGCGUGCUCUCCUUGCGGGCCUUGCGCCACGAGGAGGUCCGCAGGAUGAUGGAGCGCGUCGCGGCGGCGUGCGCCGGCGGCGGGCGGCCGCGGGGUGAGGUGGAUCUGAGCGAGGUGCUGUACGAGUACGCCAACGCCACGGCGUACCACGCCGCGGCGGGGAAGGAGACGAAGGAGGGGAGGACGGCGGCGAGGUACCGGGCCGUGGUAGACGACGGGUCGGUGCUGCUGGGGGGGUUCCAGGUAGCCGACGCGUUUCCGGCACUGGGGUGGCUGAGCGCCAUCACCGGAACCGACGCCAAGCUCGACAGAAUCGGAAGGAGGAUCGACGAGUUCCUCAGCGGGAUACUGCAAGAGCAUAUCGAGCGAGCUGAGCAGGGCUUCAAUAGGAAUGAAGACUUCGUGGAUGUUCUUCUGUCGCUCCAGAGAGAUGACGCCGGAGACUUGGGACUCGCAGAAAUCGACAUCAAAGCUAUCACCAUGGACUUGAUCGCUGCUGGGACAGACACGUCCUUCGUAUCACUGGAAUGGGCCAUGGCAGAGCUCGUGCGGAACCCAAGAGCGAUGAAGAAGCUGCAAGACGAAGUACGGCAGGUCGCCGACGGCAAGCCGAUGGUGGUAGAAGAGGACGUGAACCAAAUGACCUAUCUGAAAGCUGUGAUCAAGGAGGUCCUGCGAUUGCACGCUCCGGUCCCGAUCCUGGUUCCACGAGAGACCAUGAGCAGCUUCUCGUUGCAGGGUUACCAUGUCCCGGCCAAAACAAGGGUUAUCGUCAACGCCUGGGCCAUAGCGAGAGAUCCCAAGUCCUGGGAAGCACCAGAGGAGUUCAAACCCGAGAGGUUCAUGGACAACGCCGUGGACUACAGAGGCAAUGACUUCCUGUUCAUCCCAUUUGGAGCUGGACGAAGGAUGUGCCCUGGAAUCAACUUCGCCAUGGCCACCAUCGAGAUUGCUCUGGCCAACCUCCUGUAUCACUUCAACUGGGAAUUGCCUGACGGCUUGAACCCGGUGGAUUUGGACAUGUCGGAAGCUCCUGGACUCGUCACUCCAAAGAAGAUCCCUCUUCGCCUUAUUGCCGUCCCCAAGGAUCCGCUAGUAUAAGCAUAAUAAACAAACCUAUCCGUAUGUUACAGUCUUAACUUUGGUACAACUUGGUUCCUAAAAGGUUCCUGCCUUGAUGCUAUAUCUAUAAAGCAAGAAGUUGGACGGCAAUUCAACUACUUGUUUGGGAGUGUGAACCAAUUUCUUAGAUAUGUCAAUCAACCAAUCUAACCAAUGAGACCAUAUGGUUUAACAUA